AUCGUACCAAUACGCUCUGCGGGACACACACACACACACACAAUGUCCAAGCGCACCGUCUUCACGUCCAUCACGCCGCUCCCCGCCGGCAUCUCGCGGCAGACGGCCAUCUCCUUCCUGCACGACCACUUGGAGAUGAUCGACCUCAACCCCCUCAUCAUCCGGCGCGAGCGCAUCCCGCCCCCCGCGCACUGCCCCGCCGAGGAGCGCGGAUGCGUCUGGUACCGCCUCACCGACAAGGUCUCGUACCUCCCAGGCGGGCUCGCCGCCAGCGAGGUCGACUACACCUGCGCCUUCCACGACCUGCCCGCCGGCCUGCAGACGCACUGCUACGCGCCCCUGGGACUCGAGAUCCGCGACCGUUGGUCCGUCGGCGGCUCCAUGCCCGGCGAGCCUCGCGAGCCCGUCGAGCUCGGCAUCGGCGCCCCCGCCACCGGCUUGUACCUCCGUGAGGACGUCGACAUGCGCUGCAACAUUGUCAUGGCCGCCUUUGUCAAGAAGACGAUCAAGAAGUCCCACGGCGCCCUCGUCGUUCGCCUGGCCGAAAAGGCGAGGCUCGUUAAAGACACCACAGCCAACGCCAACAGCAAUUGGCCGCCGCCGCCCCAUCAGUGGCAACAGCAGCACCAGCAGCAACGGCAGCAACAACGGCAACAGCAACAGCAACAGCUACAGCCCCGGCGCAUCAGCGUUCCCCGCCGCCUGUCUUUCCAAGGCGAGCUGUCCCCAACACUGGAAAGGGGCCCCUCUCUGCCGCGCCCAGAGCUCCAGGAGCAGCAAAACCACCCCCGCCACCAGAGCAGGACUGAUGAGGGAGACCGGAUGAAGCCGCUGCCCCGGGCGCCGUUUGAGAUGACAGGCACGGAGCCCCAACGGAGAGCUGAAUUGCAAUAGGCGUCACAAACUUCACGCCCUGACUUGCGCUGUGCUGUUUGAGACUACUAGGCGCGUCUGACCUCUCGGGGCUUGUAACGAACGACAUGACACUUCUCUCAGCCAGCACGGGAUACCAAUCAGGCGAUGCUAUCUUCUCGAAACCGUUUCAUUAUAUCUACGAGAAUGGAACAAGAUCAAUGGGCUCUUCUUCCUUCCCUCGACAUGUAU